AUGAAUUUUAAUCAAAUUAUACGUUCAAGAUCAAAAUCACCUGUUCGUUAAAUUCCAAGAACUUCCCAUAUAUCCUAUUUCAAAGUUAAAGAAUAAAGACAAACCCUCUAUAAAAAAGAAUUUUUCUAUUAAUUAGACACUACUUUUAACAAGAUAAGAAAGUAAUUACAACAAUUUGCAUUUACAUAAAUUCAUAAGAAACUUGAAAUUGAAAUAUAGAAAAUGAAGCUUAUUUAGAAUAAUAAAAAUUAGAAAAUCUUAAUGAAAGCUUUAUCUAAUUGGAUAAGAUAAUACAAAUAUAAUAAAAUGAGUUAGUCGUUAAUUUCUUCUCCUACUUUUAGCAAUGGAUUUAAAUCACCAAAAAAUAAUCGAUUAAAUGAAUUUAAGACUACUUCUACAACAAAAAAAUAAUUACCUAUGAGAACUAAGAAAGUUUGUAAUGCUUUAAUGAAAAUUUACAGAAAUAAUUAUAGAGUGAUAUUCACUUUAUAUAAAAUAUUUUAGAUAUAGAAAAGAAAAAAGAAAAGUAUUUUAUUCAAAUGGUAUAAGAGAACAUAUAAAAGAUUAUUAUUAAAUGUAAAAUUAUGCAAAUUGGUGUCAAUAUUAAAUAAAUAGAUUGUAAAAUGUCUAAAAGCAAUGUGA